AUCAAAAUAUCAAGUAUGAGUUUGUUAAUAAACAAAAUAUUAGAAAUUUGUUUGAAAGUGAGUGGUGUUUGGCCAUAUUCCGUUCACAUUUUAGGCCCAUUCUUGUUACUUUCGACACUGGUAACAACUUUACCAUUUCAGUUUUGGAAAGUUUUGUUGUUAUUUGACAAUCCUGUUCUGCUAAUGGAUAGUUUGAGCGACAUUCUAGCUGAGAUAUUAAUUCUUAUCAAACUCUUUGCCAUAUGGAAGAGUAAGAGCCAAAUAAAUCACUUAAUAAGAAGAAUCGACGAUGAUUGGAAUCAGAAAAGUUUACCUGAAGAAUGGAAACUCUUGGCGCGUUAUUGCUAUCUGUUUUGUAAAUUUGACAUAUCUCUAUAUGUAAGUGCAGCAGUAUUUUACUAUCCAGAUUUGAUAUCAACGUACUUGAAGAAACCGAUUGAAGCAAGACAAUUAUUAUUUCAAUCUUAUUAUCCGUUUGGUUACCAACAUUCACCGUGGUAUGAAAUUUUGUUUUUAACACAAAUAUCCCAAGCAAUUGUUAUGAUGAGCGUUGAUACGCUAAGUAAAUCUUUGCUAGUCACCUAUGUUCUUCAUAUUGGAGCUCGUAUAUUCCUAAUGGAAAAUUAUAUUUUGAAAUAUUCGAACAGUUGCAGUAUUCGAAAUAAUGUCGAAAGUAGGGAAAUUGCUGAAAAUAUAAAAAGUAUUGUAAUCGAACAUCAAAAUAUUCAGUAUUUAGUUCAAAAUAUUGAUAAUAUUUACAGUUAUAUAUCUAUUUUUCAAAUUAUUUUUAGUAACGUUAUUAUUUGUGUAACUGGAUUUGUAAUGAUAACUGCAGUGGAGUCUUCGAAUAUAUUUCUUUUGUUCAAAUUUGUCGCAUAUAUUAUAGCGAUGCUCUCGCAAGCUUUUACAUUUUGCAUUGCUGGCCAAUAUCUACGAAAUAAAGGUGAAUCUCUUAUAUAUCUUAUAUACAAUUCUUUUUGGUAUAAAAGUAGACCGACGGACGUGAGAAGUGUAUCCUUUAUUUUAUUCAAUGCACAAAAACCAUUAACAUUGAAUGGCGGAAGAGUUAUUCAACUAUCUAUCAAUACAUUUGCCCAGAUUUUGAAAACAUCGUUUUCAUACUUAUCUGUUCUUCGCGCAACUAACUGGUAUUUAGGAAACAGAAGUGCAACGACUGAUCAAUUCAUUUGCAACUUCAGUUUUUUCAACUGUGAUGAGAUGAAAAUUCCAAUAAUUGGAAAACCAGUAGAAUAUACUUUAAAAAUUUCUGGACUUUGGCCGGAUUACUUUAAUAUUUUUGGAGUAAUUUUUAUCAUGUCAGGAUUGUUCACAUUGAUACCAUUUCAGGUAUGGGAUAUUUUCAAAGAAUUUAACAAUACAUUUAUAAUCUUGGACGACCUAAGUCAUCUUAUAGGUGAAAUAAUGUUAUAUUCCAAAUUUCUGAUAAUUUGGUAUCAUAAAAGCGUAUUCAACAGUUUGUUAAGAGAAAUGAGAGAAGAUUACGAAAAUGGAGAUAAAAUUGAAGAUUGGUCAGAGCUUAUUUCAGCGUCGCACCGCUUUUCAAAAUUUGAUUAUGCAAUGUAUGCAGGUACUGCUUCGAUGUAUUAUAUACAAUUUAUUCUCAAUUAUGCAGUAACACCUGUUGAAAAUAGAGAAAUGAUGAUAAGAGCACAAUACCCAUUUGAUUUCAAAAGUUCUCCAAUGUUCGAAAUUAUGACUCUUAUCCAGAUUGUUCAAGGAUUGGCAUGCUGCUGUAUCCAAGCUUUGUCCGAGUCUCUCCUUGUAGCCUUGGUUCUACAUGUUUGCGGGCAUAUAGAUUUACUUUCAGUAAAGGUCGAUGAGUUUUCAGUAAUGUGCAUGAAUGAUAAAAAUAAUAUUUCUCUCAAAUCGAUGAUAAAACAGCACCUAAAAGUUUUAAAUAUCGUUCACAAAGUUGAGACUGUUUAUACUUAUGCGUCAUUCAUUCAAGUCUUUUUGAGUACCUUCAUGAUUUGUUGUUCUGGUUUUAUUGUACUCACUCUAACGGAUGACGUCGUUAUAAUGAGCAAGUUUGUUAUGUUAUGCGUCAGUGCUACGUGGCAAGGAUAUUCCUUUUGUUUUGUUGGUCAACGGCUGAUCAAUGAGAGUGAAAAAAUUUCUACGAAAAUAUACAACACAUUUUGGUAUUGUGUAAGUGCCAAGGAAAUUAGGGCUGUAUCUUAUAUGAUAAAUGUUGCACACCUACCUCUCAGACUGACAGCGGGAAAAUUAAUAUCUCUAUCUGCACAAACCUUUACUUCGAUGAUGAAAACAUCUUUUUCAUAUAUUUCCGUUCUCAAAGCAUGUAACACAUAGAGCUGUAUCUUCAUAAUUUUUAAAAUUGACAAAAUCAACUAGAUAUCUGUUUUAGAAACUGGUAAUCAGAUGACAUUUGUCACCGCCAAGCAGAUAGUCGAUAGCUCUCUAUCUUAACCAAGGAUAACAUUUUUAUGUACGCUUCAUUUGAUGCACGUGUUACUUUAUAUCUCUGAUUCAAUAUCUUAAGAGAUGCCAACUAACAUGCGUAUAAAAUAGAGCGAGAGGUCAUAUAAUAAAAUUAAA